GGCUCCUUCUCCUCCUCACACCCUCAACAUCCCUUCUGGCACCUGGGUUUGGAGUCCCAAUCCUGCAGGGACCCCAGCUCCCCCAUCCUUGCAAGGAGCCUCGAGAAGCUCCUGGGGAGCCCAAACCAUCCCAGCAGAAGGUGCCUGCCAGCACCGGGCUGGGGGUGCUGUGGGUGCUGACCCUGUUCUGCUUCCCCUUCCAGAGAAGAGGGUGCCCAUGCGCAUCCUGUACGAGCAGUACAAGGACAGCCUGACCCAGGACAACCUCAUCAAGGUGGUGGCUCUCCUGACUGAUCACCAGACCGGCGACGUCAUGGUGGCUGUCAGGGAUGUCUAUGUUGAGAAUCCGCCAAUCAAGAUCAGGAUUUUAGGAGAGCCGAUGCAGAAUCGGAAGCUGGUGGCAGAGAUCAGCAUGGUGAACCCCCUUGAAGUGCCUCUGAGCAACUGUGUGUUCGUGGUGGAGGGCUCCGGCCUCACCCAUGGGCAGCGGGUCAAGCAGCUUGAGGAGCCGGUGGAGCCGCAGGCGGAGGCCAAGUUCCGUCUGGAUCUGAUGCCGCACCAGUCAGGGCUCCAGAAGCUGAUGGUGGACUUCGAGAGCGACCAGCUGAGGGGGGUGAAGGGCUACCGCAACGUCAUCAUCGCGCCCCAGCCCAUGUGAGCAGCUGCCGUGGUCCCCGAGCUGCAGAAACCCUGCCUCACUGGCCCCCCACUCGCUUUAGCCCAAGAUGGUCCCAGGGAACCAAAGGACUGCCGGAGCCCAGCCUGACCCCGCUCCAGUGGCAGCGGUGCCACGCUCCUCCCCGGGAGCAGGGACAGGACAAAGGAGCUGGUGGCACUGCAGGGCUCCAGGGGCAGCCGCUCGCUUCACCGUUGUUCCCUCACCCUGUGGGGUGGAAGCAUCCCUGUCCUGCCUGUCCCCCAGCACUGGGCACAGCCGGGACCCCAGUGCAGCCCCCUCCUCUUUGCUGUGCUGGCAGCCCCAGCCCCCAGAGCCCAUUUCACAGAGGCAGCAGCAGAACGACCCCCUCCAGCCCCGACUGCACCCGCCGUCGCAAUUCUCUGACUGCAGCUCGGUAGAGAGAGAUUGUAUACUGUGAGCACAAAGCUGUCUAUACACCAUAUAUACAUACAGAACAAACCUAUAAAUACAUACUGCAAAUAACCUGCUGCUUGGGUACAGCCAGGCAUUGGCUUCCAUAACCAUCCUGGCACUGCAGAGACUGCAGGGAGGGAUGGGACGUUACCUUGACACAAACCAACCAUGCAAACACUGAAUAAAAAUUCUAUUUUUCACUUUUAAA